UUUUCCUUUACUCUCUCUCUCUCUAUCUUUCUCUCUCUCAGGUUUCCUCCAUUGCAAACCAAGCUUUCUAUCCAGCUUUGCUUUGAGAGGUCCCUUUGCACCCCACAUUUCACACCACCAUACCAAACUGUGUUAACCCACCCUACCAUUUUUGGCAUCUGUUUCUCUCUCUACAGUUGUCCGUGAGAAAGAUUAGAUUUUUUGUCUGGCCGUGUUUGAGGAAUUGUAUUGUUUUCAUCAAUUCUUUUUUGGACCACAUUAGCCCAUUUCCAUUUUUCCCCCCUUUCUUCUGCUUCUGAACUACUCAUCUGCAGAGAAAAAACUGUGGCUUUGGCUUUGGCUUUUGUGGGUUCUUUGAGUGUUGUGUUUGUGUUUGUGUUUCAUCUCUGCAUUGGCUUAUCCAUCUAUGCUUGUUGGGUCUCUGGUGGAAAAAGAGGCUUUUUCUUUACUCCUUUGGCUUCUCUCAAAGAGGAAGAUCAGAGGGGUUAGGUUUCUCCCUUUCUUUUUCUUUUCUGGAGGAUAGCAAUGGAGUAAAUCGGAGUUCGAAAAGUAGAGGACAUAGACAGAUUUUGCCUUUGCAUAUCGUUUUUUGCUGAAAAUGUCAUCGGGGGAUUUAAAUGCUGAAUUGUCGAAGAGGACAUCAUUUUUUGGUCUAAAACUAUGGGUUAUCAUUGGUAUUUGUGUUGGUGUGUUCAUCGUUGGGAUUCUAUGUCUUUUGUCAGUAUGGGUAACGUUUCAGAGAAAAUCUAGACGAAAACUUGACAAGUACUCACAUUAUCAAAUACCUAACGUCUCGAAGGAUAUCAAGAUUGAUAGAGUUGCUGUAAAUGAUCAGCCUGAAAGUUUGUUUCUAACUAUCCAUGAUAAAUCGAGCGAGAAGAAUUCUGAGAAACUGAUAGCUCAUUUAGAUAGGAGUAAAUCGAGUGACGGGGAUAACAUCAGUCAAUGCAGCUCCAUUUACCAUCACGAAAGGGGAUUUAGUUCACAAUCGGGGGAGGAAGGUAGCUCGGGAACCGUUCGAAAGCAGUCUUCUUCUUAUGGACUUCCCAUGGCAUCUCCUUUGAUUGGCUUGCCCGAGGUUUCACAUCUCGGGUGGGGCCACUGGUUCACGCUUAGAGAUCUUGAGCUUGCAACGAACCGUUUUUCUGCAGAGAAUGUGAUUGGAGAAGGAGGCUAUGGAGUUGUUUAUAAAGGUAGAUUGAUUAACGGGACAGAAGUAGCAGUAAAGAAGCUCCUAAAUAAUCUUGGGCAAGCAGAGAAAGAAUUCAGGGUUGAAGUGGAGGCCAUUGGCCAUGUUCGACACAAGAAUCUUGUGCGCCUUCUUGGUUAUUGCAUAGAAGGUGUUCAUAGGAUGCUGGUGUACGAGUAUGUUAACAACGGGAAUUUGGAGCAGUGGCUUCAUGGAGGCAUGAGACAACAUGGUACCCUUACUUGGGAAGCUCGUAUGAAGAUUCUUCUCGGUACUGCUAAGGCGCUUUCAUACCUACACGAGGCUAUAGAGCCUAAAGUUGUGCACAGAGACAUAAAAUCCAGCAAUAUUCUUAUUGAUAGUGACUUUAACUCCAAGGUUUCGGAUUUUGGACUGGCAAAGCUCUUGGACUCUGGAGAAAGUCACAUAACAACGAGAGUAAUGGGAACAUUUGGCUAUGUGGCUCCGGAAUAUGCAAAUACUGGGUUGUUGAACGAAAAGAGCGACAUUUACAGUUUUGGUGUGUUACUACUCGAAGCAAUUACUGGAAGAGACCCGGUGGACUAUGGUCGGCCCGCUAAUGAGGUCAAUCUUGUCGAGUGGCUCAAAAUGAUGGUUGGGUACCGCAGAGCCGAGGAAGUCGUGGACCCUAACCUCGAAGCUAAACCUAGUACCCGCUCUCUGAAACGUGCACUUCUGGUGGCUCUUAGAUGCGUGGAUCCCGACUCUGAAAAGCGGCCUAAAAUGAGUCAGGUCGUUCGGAUGCUGGAAGCAGAUGAAUUCCCUUAUCGCGAGGACCGUAGGAACAGAAAAAGUCGAACAGCGAGCAUGGAAAUUGACUCGAUAAAGGACGGUUGCUGUUCAACGGAUGUGGAAAGCAGAGCGGGACAGUCAGACAGCGUCCAUGGAUAGGAACAGACAGACUCACAGACACAUGACCCCGGUGAAUAAUUGUGGGCUCUUUUCAAACGUUUGUUUGAAGAUAAGAGAUUCCUGUGCGUGACAGAUAACCACAUGGAUGAUAGUGUUGCUUUAAAUCUUGAGUCGUUGGCUGUUCUUUCAAUGUAGAUUUAGUACAACCAUUAGGCAGCGAGCUGCCAGAAUCGAAGGGGAGCGUUAUGUAGUAGAGAUCAAGAUUGAGAUCAUUACUGUACAGUUUUUAAGUUAUUGUGUUUUGUUGCCCUUCAAUACAUGACACCUUGAGAUCAUUCUGUCUCUUUUAAGGUUUUUUGUUGAGUUUAUGUUCUUGUUCUUGAA